AUGAAGCCCCCCAGCGCCUCCCUGUUUGCUUGCGCUCCGUGUCGCUCCGCCCUGCUGCGCUCCCGCGCCUCCGCUGCGCGCCAGCCCCGCACCCUCCUCGUCCCGCGCCGCCACUAUGUCAGGCCAUCGACAGCUCCGAAGCCGCUGCUGGACCUGAAGCACAUCCGCCAGAACCCCGGCCUAUACGAGCAGAACUGCAUCGACCGUAACUACCGGGGUCAGAGCAAGCAUUCGUGGGAGAUUAUCGAUUUGUUCGACCAGUGGAAGGAAUGCCAGCUCGACGCCCGCCAGCUGCGCGAGCGCGGCAACCUGCUGCGCCGCAAGCUUUCCAAUGCCGCCUCCCUCAGCGGCGACACCACGCCUGACCCCGACAUGGACCAAGAUGUCUUGAAGGCCGAGGGCAAGGAGAUCAAGGACAAGCUCACUGGCAUCGAAGAGAAGGAGAAGGAGCUCGUCGAGCGCAUGGAGAGCCUGGCCCUUGAGCUGCCGAACCUGAGCAGCACCAACACCCCUGUCGGCGACCAGCCCGAAGUUGUUGGCUACAUCAACGAGCACCCUGAUCGCCAAACCGAAGACGCCACCGACAGGGUAUGGAAAUCGCAUGUUGUCAUCGGCUCCGAACUGGGGCUGCUGGACUUUGCUGGUGCCGGCACAACAUCUGGAUGGGGCUGGUACUAUCUCAUAAACGAAGGAGCACUGCUGGAACAAGCUCUCGUCCAGUAUGCCUUGACAGUUGCUAGGAAGAGAGGCUGGAAACCCGUCUCGCCACCCUCGAUCGUCUAUUCACACAUCGCCUCGGCUUGCGGCUUCCAGCCGCGUGACCAGAAUGGCGAGCAGCAAAUCUAUGCUCUAGAGCAAGCCGAGAAGGACAAGGCCAAGCCUUCUCUUGUGCUUGCAGGUACUGCCGAGAUCCCUCUGGCUGGCCUCAUGGCUAGUCAAACAAUUGAAGAUGCAGACUUACCCCUGAAGAUGGUUGGUGUCGGUAGGAGCUAUCGUGCCGAAGCUGGAGGGAGGGGAGUCGACACCAAAGGGCUAUAUCGGGUGCAUGAAUUCACCAAGGUUGAGAUGUUCGCCUGGACGCUGCCCGACACGCACGAGGGCGAAGGAUUCUUCACAGAGCGCGGCAUCGCGCACUCCGAAACCGUGUUCGACGAGAUGCUGUCGAUCCAGACUGAGAUCCUUGAGUCGCUUGGACUGCACUGCCGCAUCCUUGAGAUGCCUUCAACCGACCUUGGAGCCAGCGCGUCUAGGAAGCGUGACAUUGAGGCAUUCUUCCCGUCCCGCCGCGAGCGUGACGAGGGGUGGGGUGAGGUCACGUCGACCUCCAUCUGCACCGACUAUCAGACGCGGCGGCUCCAGACCAAGGUCCGACUCGAGAAGGCCGGCCGCAAGCUGGACUUCCCUCAUACGCUCAACGGAACGGCAAUGGCAGUGCCGAGAGUGCUAGCCGCCAUCCUUGAGAACAAUUGGGACGAGAAGACGAUGACUGUGACGGUGCCGGAGGUGCUUCGGCCAUUUAUGGGCGGCAUCAAGACCAUUGAGAAGAAGCGGAUGUCCUGA